UUUUUUGCAACCACUGUUGUGAUAGUGCUGAAAAAAAGUAAAAUUUUAAUAUGUAUUGUCCAUAAAGUAAGUUUUAAAUUAGUUAGAAACAAAAUGAAGCGAAAGAAGAAAGAUGAGGAAGAUGGCAAAGAGCCGAAACCGAAGAAAUACAAGAAGAAAAUCGAAAAUCCAGAAAAGAAGAGGGCUCGUUAUGUAUACGAUAACAAGGCUAACAAUGGAAAAGUUUGGGAGAAGAAUAGACGUGAUCGACUAAACACAACUUUUGAUGAUCUUUCGUUGUUACUUCCGCCGAAAGAUCCGCCCGGAAAAAUGAGUAAAGUAGAAAUUUUGGUAGCUGCUAUUAAAGAAAUUGGAGACUUACGAAAGAAAUUACAAGAUUUGGAUCAAAAUGUUAGUUAUGAUAAAACUGAACAGAUCAAAGUUAUUCCUGAAAUUAAAGAUGUUGCUUGCAACACGGAUUUUGAGGAUAAAGAAAAUCUAAUUAAACCUAAAAUUGUGCAUAAAAAAAUUCAAGUCAAUAUGUUGAAGAAGAAGAAAAAGAAGAUAUUACCUGCAGAAUCAAACGAAUUGAAUGUUUCAUCGUCGGAGACACAAACAUCAGAAGUCACGAAAAACGAUGAGAAUCCAACAGUUGAUUCAAACAAAACUUCUGAACCUAAUAGCAUGGCAUUAGUUCCUUUUUCAGCUUCCUCAAAUUCAGUUGAAUCGGUUCAAACAUCAUCGAUUGCUACGUCACAUUUGUCAACUACGAUGAGAAUGACUCCUGCACUAAUUUCAACGCCCAUUAUGACGCCAAGUUUGUUCAUCUCCAAUUAUCCGUUUGUUGUUUCGCAAAUCCCGCAACCUGUGUUGAUAGUUAAUAAUAAAACAGAAGUUAAUACAACAGUGAAUAAAGUUGUAACAGUUGCUAGCAAAUCUGCGAAUGGUCGAGUACCUUUACCUCCGUUGAAAAAGACAGUUGCUGUUAAGAAAAUUCCUCGAAAAAAGAGAAUACUGAAGAAAAAGGUUGUUAAAGAAGCAGAAAAUCAAAAUAGUUCAAACGAACAAGCAAGUAAUAGAGAAAAUAUGGAAAACAAGAGUCAAACAGAAACAGGAAAAGAUCAAAACUCGAUGGAAAAAGAAAUUAAAAUAAAUACAGAGAUCAUCACGGUGAAUCGAAAGCAAGAAGAUUUUCCAAAAGAAAGUGAACAAGUUGUCAAUAAACCUUUGGAAGAAAUUCCUUUGCCAAUAACUCCUCUUCCAAUAUCAUCUGGAAAAUUAAUUGAACGACUCGACUCAAACUCUUCACUGUUAAAUGCACAAGAUACAUCAAACAUUAAUGACACGAGUGGUAUCAGUAACUUGGAUAUAGAUAACUUUUCACUUCUUACUGCCAAUAUUUUAUCGGGUAUCGAUGCAAAUGAUACAAACUUGUCAAGUAAUCUGGGCAAAAUUUUGGAAGAUAAAGAUUUAGAAUGCAGUUCAAAGAAUAGCUCAUUAAUGAACUUACCUGCAGAAAUCGCUUCCAAAGAUAAAUCUAUAGAAAAAUCAAAUGUAAUUGAAAAACUUCCUGAAACAAAACCAAGAGAAACAAUUCAAGUUAGAAAAGGUCUGUUACAAAGUGAACAUAAAAUACCAAAUGAACAUAGCUCAAUGGAUAGACGAGCAGAAUCGAUGCUUAUUCCAACAACGUCUUCAUUUGAUAAUAAUUUCAAUGCCUUGUCGAUAACUAGUCAGUCAAACAACUAUCCAAAUUUCGCACUUUCUUUGGCAUCCCAAGACAAGUCACGAGCAAAAGCUGUUUCUGAAUCAAAUAUUACUUCUACUUCUUCUACGACUUAUACAAUGUCUGUUUCAACAUAUUCAGGAAAUAUCAAUUACAGCGGAUACUAUUCAAAUUCAAAUACAAGUUUACAGCAGCUUUAUAACAAUCAACAUCCAAAUAAUAUUAUUUCAUCGAGUUAUUCUAACAGCUAUGAGUCUCAAAGACCAUAUUAUGCUGAUCAACCGUCAACCAAUUUCACGUUUUCUUUAACAAGUGUUGCAAAGUCCCAUGCGAAAUAUGUUUCGUCAGGAACAAAAUCUCAAAAUAUGAUUCCGGCACAAGCAGCAAAUAUACAAGAGCCGUGCAAAAAGUUCACUUCAAAAAGUUCUACUUAUUAUUCAACGGAAAACAACACAGUAAAAAAUGUUACUUCUCAUUCAAUUGCACGACUAAAUUCCAAAUAUGACAAUCACAAGGAAAACGAUACGCCUUUCUAUUUGAGUCAAGAUGCUCCAAGUUGUACGAAAUCGAAUGUCGUUCAAAAGUUGACAUACAAUCAACCCGUGUUUUCAAAUAAUUCAUCUUGUGCCCGAUAUCCUCAACAAUCGCAGCAACAAUUGCCAUCUGGAAGUAAACAAACAACUUCUAACAAAAAUGUGAAAAGUUCUUCAAUUAGUUCAACCCAACAACCACAAAUGUCGUCGCGUUAUGAUGUCGAUUGGAUGUCUUCGUCUGAAAUCAAGCCAAGUACGAAUGAUUUUCAACUAUUUCCAUCGCUCGAGUCUUCUACGAUGAACCAAAAUUCGUAUUAUUCAUCAUCAAUUUCAAACUUUGAAAUCAACCGUAAAACAUCAGAUUUGUACUUUGCUCAUCCGCCGGGUGAAGAAAAUCUUCCAUGGUCUCCGAGUCGAAUGUCAAUGUUAGAUGCACAACAUUUGGGCGGAAAUCAAUGUUUUUCAUCUACUCUCCCUAACUUACAUGGAGAAUUAGGAUUGAAUACUUUAUCCGGAGGAAACUCAAGUCGCCCAAGCAGCAUAUUUGAGACACCGACAAAAUCUUCGAGUUUAUCGUCAUACAACGCAUCAUAUUCUGCUACAAAAGAAUCUAAACGAAUAAGCAAUAAUGUCGAAUCACAACAAAAUAACAGCUUUUCAGUGCGACAAUUGGUCGAUAUCAAUCAAUCAAGUACUAAUAAGUCAACAACUGUACCAACCAACGACAAAUGCGUGAAACGCAAAAGUUCAGGGCGUAAAGAAGGAGAAGUUGAUACCUUUUCAAGUGACAUUAAUCCUUACGACAAUCCAAAAUCGAACAUUUAUUCCGCCGAAUCUCUGAUCAAUCCAAGACACGGAUCGAAAAACAAAUCUUGGCAUACAGAAUCAAGUCAUGCAAUGACUUCAGGUGAGAGCGCAAAUCAAAAUAAUCCGUUGUUCGCAAUGGAGCCAACAGCUGAGAAUCAAUACAAUUAUUCGACGACGAGAUAUGAUCCCAAGUUCUUCAAACAAAAUUAUGUUACGUCAUUUGUGGAUAACUCCUUUUCCAACAAUUCGCAAAAUUAUCACAACUUUAGCAAAUCUCAACCGUUCACAUUUGGAGAAACAAACAAUCCAACGCCAACUCUCGAUUACCAUCAAAGCAGUUUAGGCAACAGCAUGAACUCAUUCUUACCGCAUCAUGAAAUGCCUGAGAAGCAACAUUACUAUUCGCAUACCCAACCAUCAGCUUCGUCUUCAUCCUCAAGCAAAAGUAUCAAUCCUUUAUCAACAAACAUGGAUACCAUUUCAUCUCGUUCUAACAACCAAUCAACAUCUCAUAAAAAAUCUUCAAAAUCAUCUUCAUCUCAUCACGUUCCUUCUUCGACAUCGCAUCAUAGUCUCAUCAUGAAUUAUGAUUUCCCCGUGCCUCCUGUUACGCCAUCUUUGAGUUACUUUUCGACGCACGAUUGGAAAAGUACGCCAACAGAACCGUAUCCCUCGAUGCAUCCAAAUAGUUGUAACACAAACUCGUAUGUGAAUAGUUCGUAUUCACAAAACAUACUUCAGAACUCACAAUCGCAGAAUUUGGUAACAGGCCUUCCGAGCAGCAAUUUGAACAGUAGUAAUAAUAAUGGCGGGAAUAACAACAGUCACAGCCAAAAUACAAGCAACUCCUUAACGAAUUUCAAUUUGAGUACUAUCUGUCCGGAAAUUAACGAUAAAGUUAGGCAACAAAAUUGGUGAUUAUUUUAA